UUACAGUUGAAUAGUUUAAAUUUAGGUGCGCCUAUGGCAUCAUUUAUAAUAAAACCAGUUGACUUUUAAAAUCGAAACCAUACAUUCUUCGACUUCGGAGCUGAGUCUCAACAAAAUCAUCAUAAUGAAUUCGAUAACAAGACAGAUUGCAAGAAAUGUGAACAAAUUUAGUAGAAGAAAUGCGAGUGUUACAACAGUACACCGUCAACAAACUCAAGUUGAAGAAGCAAACAGCGUCAGUAGUAGACUUCCCUUAACUCAUUUGAGUGAAGAUGAAAUUAUUAUGAAAGAAACAGUUUCUCGAUUAGCUCAAGAACAAAUAGCUCCGUACGUGAGGGAAAUGGAAAAUGAAGGAAAGAUCAAAGAUUCAGUUUUGAAAAUGUGUUUCGAUAGCGGGCUUAUGGGAAUCGAAAUAAAUUCCGAUUAUGGAGGAGCUGGAUGUAAUUUCAUGACAGCAAUAAUAACCGUAGAAGAAUUAUCAAAAGUAGACCCUGCCGUUGCUGCUUUAGUAGAUAUCCACAAUACUCUAGUUAACACCGUAUUCAAUAAAUGGGGUAAUCAAGAACAGAAGGAAAAGUAUUUACCAAGAUUAGCUACAGACACGGUUGCAAGUUUCGCUCUAUCAGAACCAUCAUCCGGGUCAGAUGCAUUCGCUUUGAAGACCACCGCCAAGAAAGACGGCUCCGAUUACAUUCUUAAUGGAUCUAAAAUGUGGAUAUCAAAUUCUGACGUCGCUGGAGUUUUUUUAAUCAUGGCUAACGCUAAUCCAUCUGCUGGUUAUAAAGGAAUCACUUGCUUCAUCGUAGAACGUGAUACUCCAGGAUUCAGUGUUGCCAAACCUGAAAAGAAACUCGGUAUUUCAGCAUCUGGAACAUGUAUGUUAAACCUUGACAAUGUAAGAGUACCCGAAUCUGCUAUACUGGGCGAGUUUGGGAAAGGGUAUAAAAUAGCGGCAUCAAUUUUGAAUGAAGGAAGGAUAGGCAUAGCGGCGCAAAUGGUUGGAUUAGCUCAGGGUUGUUUGGAUCACACUAUACCGUAUACUUUGGAAAGACAACAGUUUGGUAAACCGAUAUUUAAUUUCCAGGGUAUGCAAUACCAAAUAGCAGAAGUGGCAACAGAAAUCGAAGGUGCCAGACUCUUGACUUACAACGCCGCUCGUAUGGUGGAAGCUAAAGUACCUUUCAUGAAAGAAGCAGCUAUGGCUAAAUUCUAUGCGGCUGAUAUCGCACAAAAAGCUACCAUAAGAUGCAUUGAUUGGAUGGGUGGAGUAGGUUUCACUAAAGAUUUUAUACAAGAAAAAUACUACAGGGACGUCAAAAUUGGUAGUAUAUACGAAGGAACUGCUAAUAUGCAGUUAAGCACUAUCGCCAAGUGUAUAGAAAAGGAAUAUAAAAAAUAAUAUUCGAAAUCAUAAUUUAGACUUGUAUCGAGUCGUUUUUUAAAUGAGAUUUCAUCUUCUAUAAUUAGGUCUUUGAUAAUUUAAUUUUAAUUUGUAUCAAAUGUUUUGAAAAGAUCAUUAUUUAAAAAUUUGAAUGUUUAAAGCUGUUAAAUGUCCAAAUAACUUGUUGUUGAAAGUAUCAAUAUCAAAAUAGACGCUAAUUUAAUAAAAAAAUUGAUUAUUCUGUAAGUAACUUUUGAUGUAUUUUUGAAAAACUGUGUAAGUAUUAAGAAAAUAUUAUGAAUUGUUUUAAAAACGUUUCUUUUAGAAUUUACAUUGCAAAAUUUAAUUGUGAUAUUAAUUAUUGAAACUGUACUGUAACGUAAACUGAUGUCAACUGUACAAUUAUCUUUCAGAUUCCUGAAAUACCUUGUACACACUUUGUACUUUUAGAUUUGGGUACAUUUAAUAAAUUUUUUACUUUUA